AUGACGUCCACCCACGCCGACGAAUUGGCAUCGAUGUUGUACGGCUGUGGAAUUGUCGGGGACCUACUUUUACUUCCAUAUUGGUGGACGCGUCUCUCCACCGUCGGCAUAAGCUCUUCGGGGGCAUUCCUGUUUAUCGGGUCAAUACUUCUCGAACUGCUAUUAUUCUUCUCCGACCAAUUUUACCGUUAUAAUCUCGACGAACGGGAUCGACAAAAUUUUGUCGUUUUGUUCACGGUUACAGUGAUGCUGAUUCCGCCAGCGAUCAUGCUGAGGACAAUAUUACGGGCCGAAUUUGGCUGGGAAAACUGGUACCCCACUGUAACGCGGUCACCAGCGACACACCAGGAGCGACGGAGUGAAAGGGUCGACAGGGAAACGUCCUGGCUCGUUAAGCUUGCCAUAGCAGUUGGUGUCGCACUUGCCUUCCAUUUCGGAAAGCUCUACGACAUCCAUAUCAUAGCGCCAUACUCUCCCAUCGACUGUCCACCUGACGCUGAACAACACGGAGCCGUAUACAACUUCCUCAGUCGACUAGGACCCAGCCUCCAUCUCACGGGCGACAUAAGCCAGUACAUUCUCAAUCAUCGCCUCAAAUCGUUUGGUGGACAAUACCGAGCAACGGAAAAUACUUGGGUUUGUCGCAUCCAUGGCCCACUUGCUUCAUUAUGUCCCCGCUUUCGUCGGCCGAAGGGAGUUCUGCAGCUUCUUGUCUGUGGGCUGGUUCUUGUCUGCUCUCGUCUUCCGCUUGCCCAUGUUGUGGCAGGCCCUCACAUUUGGCAGAUUCUGCGCCAGAAAUAA